GCGUCUGCUCGCUGACUUGACGUCAGGAGGAAAAUUGCUACCACUCACAACCUGUUUGUUAGUCGAGAGCGGUACUUUUAUUAUUAGCUCGGUUGGCUUUAACUCGAAAGGAGAAGUGGUCGUUAAACGGGCAGACGGCACGUCAGAGCGACGAGCUCGAAUGCUGAGGAAAAGGACGCAAAGACUCGAAAAAGGGUUGUUGUUUUUUUAACAUCCCUCAAUGUAGCUUGUUAGCUCGCUAGCUAACAGCUAGCUAACACUGCGCCUUCCUCUUCCUUCUGCUUUUUUUUUUUUUUUUUUUGUGUGCAUGCUAGUUUUUGUGUGUGCAUGCUAGAUCCCCAGCAGCUUGUAGGGCUAACCAGGGCCCGAAGGCGGUGUCAGGUUUGAACAUUCAUCCCGGGGCUGUCAAUCGGACUAACCGUCCCCCGGUCACCGAGUAGAGUUAAUGGCCGGAAAUCCGAGGAGGGGCGCGGGUCUCAUCGGCUUGAUGAAGGACGCCUUUCAGCCCCACCAGCAGCCUCCGCAGCCCCCGCAGCCUGCUGUGGUCGACAAGAAAAUGGUGGAGAAAUGCUGGAAACUCAUGGACAAGGUGGUGCGUUUGUGCCAGAACCCCAAGGUGGCCCUCAAGAACAGCCCGCCCUACAUCCUGGACCUGCUGCCGGACACCUACCAGCACCUGCGCACUGUACUGUCGCGCUACGAGAGCCGCAUGGAGAUCCUCGGCGAGAACGAGUACUUUCGCGUGGUUAUGGAGAACCUGACCAACAAGACCAAGCAGACCAUGAGCCUCUUCAAGGAGGCCAAGGAGAGGAUGUUCGAGGAGAACUCCCAGCCAAGGCGAAACCUCACCAAGUUGUCGCUCAUCUUCAGCCACAUGCUGGCCGAGCUCAAAGCCAUCUUCCCCAACGGCCUCUUCCAGGGAGAUAAUUUUAGGAUCACCAAAGCCGACGCCGCCGAGUUCUGGAGGAGGUCCUUCGGCGACAAGACCAUCGUUCCGUGGCGGACGUUCCGCCAGGCCUUGCACGAGUUCCAUCCCAUCAGCUCGGGCCUGGAGGCCAUGGCCCUCAAGUCCACCAUCGACCUCACCUGCAACGACUACAUCUCCGUUUUUGAAUUUGACAUCUUCACCAGGCUCUUCCAGCCAUGGUCGUCGCUUUUAAGGAACUGGAACAGUCUAGCUGUCACACAUCCAGGCUACAUGGCUUUUCUCACCUACGACGAGGUGAAGGCUCGCCUGCACAGGUUCAUCCACAAGCCCGGCAGCUACAUCUUUAGGCUGAGCUGCACCCGCCUGGGCCAGUGGGCCAUCGGUUACGUGACGGCCGACGGAAACAUCCUGCAGACCAUUCCCCACAACAAACCUCUCUUCCAGGCGCUCAUCGACGGCUAUAGGGAGGGAUUCUAUUUGUUCCCAGAUGGUCGUGCACAGAACCCAGACCUAACAGGCCUGUGUGAACCUUCUCCACAAGACCACAUCAAAGUUACCCAGGAGCAGUACGAGUUGUACUGCGAGAUGGGCUCCACCUUCCAGCUGUGCAAGAUCUGCGCCGAGAACGACAAGAACGUGAAGAUCGAGCCGUGCAGGCACCUCAUGUGCACUUCCUGUUUGACCGCCUGGCAGGAGUCGGAGGGUCAGGGCUGCCCCUUCUGCCGCUGUGAGAUCAAGGGCACAGAGCUCAUUGUGGUGGACCCCUUCCACCCCAAGGCCGGCGGCGGGGCUUUCGCCGGCUUCCAGGGGUCCAGCAGGGCAGAGGCGGCCGCAAACGACGAGGACGAUGAUGAACGGCUGGAGGACCACAACCUUGUCAUGAGCAGGCUGGCCUGCAGCAAGGUGGAGCGUCCUGCAUCCCCCGUGUCCCAGCUGCCUCCGGUUCCUCCCAGACUGGACCUCCUGCAGCAGAGGCCUUGCAGCUCCCAGCAAGCAGCAAAGAUGGGGGCCACACACCGAGACAAGCCACUCCCGCUGCCCCCGGCGCUGAGAGAGCUGCCGCCCCCGCCGCCUCCCGAGCGCCCCUCCCCCCUGGCGGGUCAAGACCCCAGAGUCCAGAGGAGACCGCUGCCCUGCACCCCCGACACUCCCGCCUGGGCCUCCAACUACAUGGUGCCCCGAUCCGUCUGCAAGGCGCCCGCUGCCUUUUCUCAAAGCGCCGGCGCGGAGGGCGGUAAAGCCCAGGCGGCGACCAACGCCGUGUACUGCCUGACCGCCAGGUCGCUGCCGACGUCGGCCGUGUCCAGCAGGGAGAAGUUGUCCACCGACUGCGAGGAGAACGAGUACAUGAGUCCCACCUCCCUCCCGGCCUCCGGCGCCCCGUGGAUCAUCACGGGUGCCUUGGUGCCCCCUCCCCCGCCUCCGCCGUUGAGCCAAGCAAACCAUCAGGACGAUGCCAGUGCUGACGGGCUUGACGCCGACUCGGGGGACCCUCAGGUGUACGAGUCCAUGUGCAACAUCCAGGCCGGCUGCUCCGAGGCGACCAAUCACGAGCGUCCUCCGCACGGCUCCGUGGUCGCCCAGGCCGAGUCCCUGGACGCCUCCGUGGAGGACGUUUACGAGUACGACUGCCCGCGACCCGUGGCCCCCCCGGCCCCCGCCAGGCGAGCUCUGUCGGACAUGAACGGCCCCUCCAGCGCCUUCAGCUCGCUCAGCAUCGACGGCGCGGUGGAAGCGAGUUUGUUCGCGUCCGACCCGGAGCGACCCCCCAAGCCCCUCCCGCGGCGGGCCAACUCGGACCGCCGGGCGCCGCGGACGCUAACCCGCGAGCUCCCCGCCCCCUUGCUGGAGCGCCCCUCCUCCUCCCACACUCCACCUCCCGCACCCUCGGCGAGCGGCGGCGGCGUGGCGCUGAGCGGCGAGAUCGAGUGUCUGAUGUCCCAGGGCUACUCCAUCCAGGACAUCCAGAAGGCGCUGAUGAUCGCGCAGAACAACUUGGAGACGGCCAAGAACAUCCUGAGGGAGUUCGUGUCCGUCCCCUCCGCCACGCACAUCGCCACAUAGUCGCCCCCUUUUCUCUUUGCGCCGCCACUCCAACUGUCCGCUUUGUGCCAUCUUCUUGAAGGCACGGAAACCUUCACGCCACAAAGAUUGUUCCAUCGUGUCCCCAAUGCUAAUAACAUCGCUAACUAACUCACUUUCCGCACGCGCUCGCUAACGACAUGAAAAUGUGAUUCUGGUACUCAUGCAGUGGAACCUCCGUUUACCAACUUCUACAUUGUUGAAGAAGCUCAACUGUCAGUCACACGUCCCUUUGGUGCCCUCAAAAGCGUUAACAACCAUGUUGCUACAAUAAUAAAGAAAAGUCUAAACGUUGGUGAAUGUAGAGGGCUCCGCCUCUCCAGAAUGGAAACGGGACAAAAAAUGAAUGAAGCGUUUGUACACAAAAAAGUUCGUAAAAUUGGGGUUCCACUGUACUUUUUUUCCUGAUAAAAAAACAUUUCAAGUGUGAUAAAAUAUUGUUUUUGAGGGGGGAAAAAAACUGUUGGAAUACGGAAGCGAAGGCAGUGCGCUAACGUUGCCAACCUCGCUUUUCCCACCCCGGUAUUAGACGGGCAGCGGAAGAAACGACGACAACUAACUCGCUACUCAAUUACGACAAAACAACUAACUCGCAAAAAAAGAAGACUUUCGUUAAAAAAGUUAUUUUGACGCUGGACUGAAAAGAUGCCAAAAGGGAAGCGUUGAACACAUUCCAGUGGUUCGGACCUCUCGCUACGUAGCUGGCACAUUGAGGAGGGAUGUCUCACUCCUGCCUGGGAAUAGAAGUACUUUUCUUUCACGCAGAGAGGUCAGUAGGGGGAAAAAUUUAAAAAAAAAAAAAAAAGACGUAAACGUGCCUUUUGGCUGACAGAUGCAUUACCAUGAACGAGAUUAAACGACUUUAAUGCUAAUACUAAAGAAUUGUUCUUUUAAUGGCCUCUAAAGACCACAUGCUAGCACAAGGUGCUAAGUGUCUCCCCCGAAAAGGAAAACCGUAGGACACCGCUGGAGGGAUUUUGCAUGUUUGAUGCUGAUAGUAAAAUAAUGCACUGCAGUCUACUUACUGUCUCUUUAAGACGUACCUCCCCCCUCAUGUCCUCACUUGCUCUCACAACCUGCAGGAACUGUCCGAAAAAGACCAAAUGUCAGUUUUCCUGCAGCGUUAUCAAUGAACUCCGUGUGUGCGUGUGCGUGUGUGUGUGUGUGUGUGUGUGUGUGUGUGUGUAGGUCGCAAUGCAAAUUUACACGUGCUAAAACAUCUUUUAACUCGCCUUGUUUUCUCGACACCGACUCGCCUACUAAAAAAAAUGUCUUUUACGUCCGCUUUUGUUGUCUCCUUGUAAAUAUGAUUUAUUUAUUGUCUUUUUAAUAUCCUCAGCAUUUGUUGGUUGUGUUGCCAUGUUUUCAUGCCCAAGCCAUUAAGAUUUUUAAUUAAACUGUAUUUUCUUUAA